GAGCUUAGAAUCCUUCAUCAUCUCCAAUUCAAAUGGCUUCUUUACAAUCUCUGAGUCUCAACCUUUCUUCUUCUUCAAAGACAGUAAAUGCUGCUUUAUCUGUCCCUAAACUCCCCAACAUCGAAGUCUUAGUUCCAAAACUAAAACCAAGAACAAACUUGGUUGAGGAACUGAGCUUGAGAAAUACUAAUGGGGUCAGAAAGACAGAACCACUAAAGAAGAAUGUGGAAGAAUCCUGCAAUAAUCCUACCACUUCUAUGGAGAUUUUACAGCUUUAUACGAUUAUGGAGGCUGUAGCAGAUAGAAUAGAGAUGCACAAAAACAUCGGCGACCAACGUGACAACUGGAACAAUCUUCUCUUAAACUCUAUCAACAUGAUGACCUUAACAGCAGCAACAAUGGCUGGUGUUUUAGCCACAAUUGGUGCAGGGUCCCCUGUUUUGUCUCUGAAGUUAUCUUCCACUCUAUUGUUCUCUGCAGCGACCGGGUUGUUGCUUGUGAUGAACAAGAUUCAGCCUUCACAGCUCACAGAAGAGCAAAGAAAUGCUACAAGAUUGUUCAAGCAACUUCAUUCAGAAUUACAAACAACCAUUGCUAUUAACAGGAAUCCUUCUCAAGAAGAUGUGAAGGAUGCAAUGGAGAAAGUAUUGGCACUUGACAGAGCAUAUCCUCUGCCUUUACUAGGAGCCAUGCUUGAAAAGUUCCCUGAAACUUUUGAGCCUGCAGUUUGGUGGCCUAAACACAAACGACAUAGCAAAAAGAAGACAGAAACAAGAAACAAUGGAUGGAGUGAAGAGCUGGAAGAGGAAAUGAGAGAGGUUAUUGAAGUUUUAAAGACAAAAGACAGUGAAGAUUACAUGAGACUUGGCAACUUGGCAUUGAAGUUAAACAAGGCUUUAGCCAUUUCAGGGCCAUUACUCACUGGCAUUGCGGCUGUUGGGUCUGCCUUUGGUGGGUCAUGGGGAGCGACCGCCGCUGCAACUGCCGGUGCAUUGGCUAGUGUUGUCAACACUUUUGAGCAUGGUGGGCAAGUUGGUAUGGUGUUUGAGAUGUACAGAAACUCUGCUGGUUUCUUCGAGUUCAUGGAGGAAUCAAUUGAGUCCGCGCUGGAAGAGAAAGAUUUGGAGAAGAGAGAAAAUGGGGAGUUGUUUGAGAUGAAGGUGGCUAUGCAGUUGGGUAGAAGCCUGUCACAGCUCAGAGAGCUUGCCAUGAAAUCAAGAUUUUCUCGUAUGGAGGGAAUUCCUGUAGAUGAGUUUGGGAGCAAGCUGUUUUGAUUGUAGAUUUUGUCAAAACUAUUUGUUCUUUCAUUCUUUUGUAUAGUCAUAUAAUUAAACGUAGAAAUAAUAUUAACUCUUUUAUUCCAAAAGAUUCUCUU